AUGAACAUUAGGGCAGGCCUAGGGGUUCCGACAACGGGUCUGCCCCCACAGAGCCUAGCCAGAGAACAAAAAAUGUUAACGGUGGAUCCAAAAACAGACAGCGGGCGCAAAUUCACCUUAGAAGAAGAAAAAUACAAUGCGACAAAUUUUUUAACUCUAUGGGAUUUUGAAGGAGUUUUCAAGUAUUCUCCACUGUUUUAUGGAUGGUAUACAAAUAACGAAUCGACAUAUAAAUUCUAUAGAUUACCACUCGCAUACUUCAUGACAGGGCUUGCAGUUUACGCCUAUAGUUUCUUCGCAACAUUGAGAAAAAUGGCUGAAAACUCUCGUAUGUCUAAGCUUUCAGAAAAGGAUGAUGAAUAUAUUUUUUCAUGGAAACUUUUUACAGCGUGGGAUUAUAUGAUCGGUAACGCAGAGACGGCACACAAUAGAGUCGCUUCCAUUGUCAUGGGAUUCAAAGAAGCAUUAUUGGAAGAGGCAGAGAAAAAGAGAGAAUCCAGAAAAUGGAAAGUUGUCUGCUUCAGAGUAUUUGUAAAUUUAAUUGUACUUGGAUUGCUGACCUUCUCAGCUUUUGCUGUUGUAAUGGUUGUGAAAAGGUCGACUGAAAAGGAGGCAAACAGCACAGUUUGGAGGAAAAAUGAAAUUACGAUUGUGAUGUCCCUGAUAACUCUAUUUUUCCCAAUGCUAUUUGAAGUUUUAGGAUUAGCAGAACAAUACCAUCCCAGGAAACAAUUAAGAUUGCAAUUAGCGAGGAUCAUGGUACUAAAUCUCCUGAAUCUGUAUUCCUUAAUAUUUGCUCUAUUCGAUAAAAUAAGUUUCAUGACUCGUGAAAUGCAUAAAUACAAGAACAUAUCCUGUACGGAAACAUCUGAAUCAACCUAUCUCAACUUGUAUUCGACUACAGUUUCAUAUUUUAAUUCAUCAAGCAUAUACGACGACACAAAGAAAAUCAAACCACCUGUAUCUGAAAGUCUCGUAUACGACAUGGCCUUUAACAUCUCAAAUCUUACCGAUUUUCCACUACUGCAACUUAUCGAUUUAAUCAAGACAGCGAUCAUUGAUCUAAAUAUCUCGAAUAUUACUGAUUCUUUUACUACAGAAUAUCCGGAAAAUUCAUCAUUGAUAAACGUUACAGAUACUCUUUUUAUUAUACCUUCGUUUUCAAACCUGUCUAUGCUAAAUGAUACAGGCGGAAAUUUUACCGAGUACAACCUUACCGAUUUUAAAGAUAUGUUUGUGGAUUAUCUGACAUAUCUAUUACUUUCAUUUAGUAACAAUAACACGGAUGUUAACAAUUUCACUGUGGCAGAAACUGAUGUGUUAAACUUUGUCAAUAAAAGUAAUAUUGAUAUCUUGGGAGGUAAUUUUAAUAUUAACAACAUCACUACGAUAGAAGCUGAUAUUUUAAACAUUACCGAUAGAAGUGAUAUUGAUUUUGUGGGAGGUAAUUCAGAUAUUAUUAGAUCCAUUUUGUCACCUUUGCUCGAGAACAUAUCAAGAAAAUAUUACGAAGAGCAAGAUUUAACAACUAUUUACAAUGCUGUUAUUACUAUUAUUUCGUUUAAAAAUAACCGGACCAUUACAGAAAAUAGUAAUUGCCAGAAAAUUACAUUACCAUCUGAGUCUACUGGCGACUUAACUACACCUUUUUCUACAACUGAAAUAAUCACAGGAAAUUACUCCAUGUGCGCCACAUUGAGGAGUUACUGUUGGGAAACGAUGUUCGGACAGGAACUGAUAAAACUUACGGUUAUGGAUUUAGUUAUGACGAUAUUGUCAACUUUGGCUAUUGAUUUCUUCAGAGGAAUUUUUGUUAGAGUUAUGAACAGAUGCUGGUGUUGGGAUUUAGAGAAAAAGUUUCCGCAGUAUGGCGAUUUCAAAGUAGCGGAGAAUAUUUUACAUUUAGUCAACAAUCAAGGCAUGGUGUGGAUGGGAAUGUUUUUCUCUCCCGGAUUAGUUGUCCUUAACGUUAUUAAAUUAUACAUAAUGAUGUAUUUUAGAGCCUGGGCGGUACUAACUUGUAAUGUUCCACAUGAAGUGAUAUUCAGAGCUUCUCGAUCGAACAACUUUUAUUACGCUUUACUGUUAAUGAUGCUGUUUUUAUGUGUGCUGCCAGUAGGAUAUGCGAUAGUGUGGAUAAAGCCUUCUUGGCACUGUGGUCCUUUUUCCGAAUAUGACAGGAUCUUUCACAUUUUUACAAGAACUAUAAAGAAUACUGUUCCUGAACCAUUCCAGCGAGCUUUAGAUUAUAUCGCAUCUCCCGGAAUUGUAAUCCCACUAUUGGUUUUGCUGAUUUUGAUUAUAUAUUACUUGAUUUCUCUCACAGGAGCUUUGAGAGAAGCCAAUGACGAUUUAAAAAUCCAAUUGCGAAGAGAAAGAACUGAGGAAAGAAGGAAAAUGUUUCAAAUUGUUGAUAGGAGAAGGGUUGGCUCUGGCGAAUCUAACGAAUUAUCAAACACACCAUUUUCGAAAUGGAAGAAACUCUUGGGCAAUCUUCCAAGCGGAAAAACCUUUGACGACACUCCUAAGCAAGAAUCUGAAGACCUACCACAACCUGUCAAAAAAGCAGAGCACAAGAACAAAGACUUCUUGACCAAAUUUAUAAAAAAAGCUUUGGGCAAAUCGUCUACUUCAGAAGAAGAGCAGAAUGCUGAAGACGGUACUGAUACAGAGCAACACGACUCUCUACCUUAUGAUACAAUGGCAUCCAAAAAUUUACACAGAUCUGUGAGGCCUUCACUCUCAUGGAACAGCUCUGAUUUUCAAGGUGUUGUUUCUAGAGCUAUGAAAGCUAACCAGGGUAGAUUAUCAAAUCAGCCCCGUGAAAGUGUAGAUUCUGUAGAUACGAAACAGUCGCCCAUUCAAAGAUAUGACUCUUUUGAACCAAAACGAACGUUUCCAGAAAGAGUUGUGCCUUCGACAUCCAGGGAUAUGCGUCAGGACUCAGGAUCAUCAGUAUGGUCUGAAAACAUCCCCGUAAUAACUAUUAGUAAAACCGAAAGUGCUGAAAAUAUAUUAAUGGAAACAAACACGAGUACUGAAACGGAAAACAUCCGAAAAAAUGUGAAGGCAAACGAACAAUCAAAAUUUUUACCCAAAAUUAAAAGUGUACUCAAAAAACAAAGCACAGAAAUCGACGAAGACACCAUAUGUCACUUCAACAGAGAUUUGGAAAGUAAUUUGAAAAACAAUAAAUUUAUCAAGGCUUUGGCUGAGGAAGACGUAGAUUAUAGCUUUAGUGAAAAUAAAGAUAUAACAGAAAACUCUGAAAAAUGUUCUGAAAAAGUUUCCGAUCAAUCGUCCUCUGAGGAUACAGAAUUUAAGGAGACCAGUAUCGACACAAUACUGAACUUUCCAAGCAACACCAAUAGGUUGUUUUCUUCAGAGGAAAAAACUCUUAGCGACGACAGCAUUGAACAUUUUUCACAGACGUAA